AUGCCACCUAAACAAGACAGUAAUAAUAAAGUGAAGAAGAGAGUAAGAAAGUCAAUUACAAUGGAGGUUAAAUCUAAGAUUUUAAAACUCAAAGAUCGCGGUUAUUCGACUUCAUCUAUUGGACGAGAACUUAAUUUAUCACGCACGACGGUACAAACAAUAUUGAAAGAUAAAGAAAAACUCUUAACAGCUCUUCCUUCCGUCUCUUCAAACAGCACUAUUAUACGCAAAAGGAAUGCUUUAAUUUAUGAAAUGGAAAAACUGUUGUACAAUUGGAUUCAAGAUCAAACUCAGCGACGGGUUCCUCUAAGUUUGGCUAUUAUACAAAAUAAGGCGCUGAGUAUCAUGAACACACUGCAAAAUAAACGUGGCGAGAAUAAUAGUGACGAAACAAAAUGUUUUUCUGCCAGUCGCGGAUGGUUCAUGCGCUUUAAAACGAGAUAUUCGUUACAUAACAUUCGAGUGCAAGGAGAAGCUGCUAGUGUCGAUCAUGUGGCUGCUCAGAGUUUUCCUGGAAUAUUAAAGGAAAUUAUCGAAAGUGGAGACUAUUCGCCUAAACAAAUUUUUAACGAAGAAAAGUCUAUGCCUGGAUUUAAAGCGGCUAAAGAUCGUUUGACGUUGUUAUUGGGUUCGAAUGUUGAAGGUGAUCGUAAAUUGAAACCCCUUUUAGUUUAUAGGUCUGAAAAUCCUCGAGCUCUCAAAAAUUACGUCAAGAGUACUCUUCCAGUUAUAUGGAAGGCUAAUCCAAAGGCAUGGGUUACAUCAAUACUUUUUGAAGAAUGGUUUACUAAGCAUUUUAUACCUGAAGUGAAACAGUACUGUUCAAACAAUAAUUUGGCUUAUAAAGCUUUACUUAUUUUGGAAAAUGCUCCCGGCCAUCCUGUGCGUAUUGCCGAUAUUGAUCCUCAAAUCAAAGUCGUGUUCCUGCCUCCCAACACCACUUCUUUGUUACAGCCGAUGGAUCAAAGAGUUAUCGCGUCUUUUAAGGCCUAUUAUCUCAGGAGAACUUUUUCACAGGCUGUAAAGGCUAAUGAAAAUGAUGGCAUGGAGCUGAGAGAUUUUUGGAAAAGUUAUAAUAUCCUGCAAUGCGUAAAAAAUAUUGCUACUUCAUGGGAUGAGCCAUCUGAAAGUUCUACUUCUACAGAUCAAUCAAAUGUCGAUAAGAUCACAACUGACAUUGUUCAUUUGGCUAACCGUUUCCCUGACAUUGCCGUUACUACUGAUGAUAUUGAUGAUCUGUUAAGCUCACAUUCGCAAGAACUGACUGAUGAAGAUCUUAUUGAAUUGGAGGCACAAGUACAAAAGGAAGCACUCGAGUCACAAGAAAUAGCUUCUUCUAUUAGUGACUCUGAAAAAGAACUUACACUAAAAAAACUUUCCGUAGCCUUUGCAAAUUUGAAGAAUGCCAGGAAAAUUUUUGAAGAAAAUGAUCCUAAUUUUGAGAGAAGUUUUAACGUUAAUAACAAAAUUUGUGCAGCCUAUCACUGUUACCAAGAUCUGUAUGAUAGCAAGAAGAAAGAAGCCAAGCAAUCUAGAAUUGAUAGUUUCUUUAAGCCAAAAGUUUAA